UAAAAGAGUGAUAUAUACUCACUUCUUAAAUCACCACCAUUCACAACAAAGGAGAUAAUAGUCUCCUUUCAUUUAAGCUGCUAGCAUGGAGAUUUUUCAUUUCAAUUUAACUCUAUUUCUCCUUAUUCUCAUUCCUCUAUAUUUUCUCAUCACAUUCAUAAGCAGAAAUGAUCAAAACAAACCCAACUUUCCACCUGGUCCUCCUAAACUUCCAAUCAUUGGUAAUUUACAUCAACUUGGGAAACCACUUUAUCAAGGACUAUCAAAACUAUCAAAAAUAUAUGGUCCAGUAAUGCUUCUACAAUUUGGCAGUGUACCAACCGUCGUAAUCUCCUCUGCUAAAGCUGCUGAACAAGUAAUGAAAACACUUGAUGUUGAGUUUUGUAGUAGAGUUCAACUUGCUGGACGAAAACAGCUUUCUUAUAAUUACACAGAUAUGGCUUUUGCACCUUAUGGAGAUUAUUGGAGAGAGGUUCGAAAAAUAUGCGUACUUGAGCUCUAUAGUAGGAAAAGGGUGCAGUCUUUUAAGUUAGCCAGGGCAGAGGAAAUCGAUGUUUUGAUUAAUUCCAUUUCAUCUUCAAAAUCUGCUCCAGUUAACGUUUUUGAAAAGCUAACAAGCUUUGGACAUAACACAGUUUGCAGAGUUGCUUUCGGUAGCACAGCCGGUGAAAGUAUGAAUAGAUUUGAUAAUGGAAGACUUACGAAACUUUUUCCCGAAAUCGCCGUAUUGACUAGUUUAUCUGCAUCCGAUUUCUUUCCAAAGGUAAGUUGGUUUAUUGAUUGGAUCACUGGAAUCCAUGGUAAAACAGAAAAAUGCUUUCAUGAGUUGGACAAUUUUUUACAACAAAUCAUAGACGAGCAUGAUAACCCGGAGCGACUGAAACACGGGGAUGAAGAUAUCAUAGACGCUUUGCUCAAACUAAAGAAGGCUCAAACGAGUACAAUUCGUCUCACUAACGACCAUAUUAAAGCAAUUGUUCUGAAUGUAUAUAUGGGUGGGGUGGAGACAGCAGGUAGUGUAAUGACUUGGGCAAUGGCAGAACUGGCUAAAAAUCCCAAAGCAAUGAAGAAAGUUCAAGAAGAGAUUAGAAGUUACGUGGGAUCAAAAGGGAAGGUAGAAGAAUCAGACCUUGAUAAUUUCCAUUACUUAAAAAUGGUAGUUAAAGAAACUCUAAGGUUGCAUCCGUCAUGUAUAUUGCUUACAAGAGAAUGCCUAAAACACAACAAAAUUGAUGGUUACGACAUCUACCCCAAGACAAGGAUCCUGAUAAACAUAUGGGCGUUGGGAAGAAAUCUAGAGUAUUGGGAAAAUCCAGAAGAAUUCUUGCCAGACAGGUUUCGGGACAGCCCGGUUGAUUUUGUCGAAAACUUAAAUUUUGAAUACAUACCUUUUGGGGGAGGUCGAAGGAUUUGCCCAGGAUUGAAUAUGGGAAUCGUCUUAACAGAGCUCGUCCUUGCCAAUGUAUUGUACACUUUCGAUUGGGAAUUUCCAAAAGGAUUAAAGAGGGAAGACCUAAACAUGGAGUCAUCUGGAUGUAUAUAUACACUUGAGCUUGUACCCAUCAAGCAUGUGGUUACGAAAUCUGAUUAAGAGAAGUUAAUAAAUCUGUAUAUGCAUGAUAUUGUAUGGGGUGAUUGUGUGUUAAAUAUUAUUGUUCCUCUCCAUUA